AUGUCCGACGACCCUGAGAGAUCGCCCCUCUUGACCCCCAAGGGCAAGGGGAAGGCGGAAGACGAUUCUUCACUUGAAACGGCGCCUCUUCUGUCCGGCUCUUCUGGAACUCCCCGAUACGACGGCGAACGAGAUGACCCCGACAAGGCGAGCUUUUGUUGCGAAAUCUGCCGAAGCCCUCAACCGCCGCCCUCCAUUUCUGGUGCCUCGGUCGCCGGAUCGCAUCACUCGCACACAUCGCAAUCUUCGACGAAAAGCAAGGCGCCAUGGGCCUCCAUCAUCUCCAUCGUCGUGCUAGCGACGCUGGCCAUCUUCAUUAUGUUGGUGGCCUUCUUCGUACCGGCAGCUGUUGAGGAAUAUGCCAAGGCGGCUGCGGUAGUUGAGCCGACAAACCUCGCCCUUGAGUCCAUCACGACGAAUGGCGUGCGAGCCCGCGUGCAAGCGAACUUCAAACUCGACGGCUCCAGGGUCCAAGAUCCGACCGCGCGGAGGAUAGGAAAGCUUACGACUUGGAUUGUGAGGGCACUUGGGACUGAACAGACCAAGGUUGGCGUUUACCUGCCGGAGUACGAGAAUGUGCUGCUGGGCACCGCUGUGGUGCCCCCGCUGACUAUCAGCAUCGUUGACGGCCAAACCACCAAGGUGGAUUUCGUCGCUGAGCUGUCGCCCGGAGAUGCGGAAGCGUACCGGAAAGUUGCGAACGAAUGGCUGGAUGGAAAGCUUGAUCAGCUGAAGGUGCUUGGAAAGGCCGAUAUUCCGCUCAAGUCCGGCAUCCUCCCGCUCGGCACCCAUCCCGUCAGCGAGGUCUUGGUCUUUGAAGCGAACCAAAUCCCCACGCUGCCGACGUAUAACAUCUCGCGACUGAACUUUCGAGACGUACCGGACGAGGACGGGCGAUCGGCUGUGGGCGCGGAUGUUGCAAUCACCGCGUUCAACGAGUUUCCCAUCAGUCUUGACGUACCCGAGCUCGGGUUCGAGGUUCUCAUCCCUAACUGCAAUGCAUUUGAUCCCUACAUUCUUGUGGCCGACGCCACUACCGAACCCCUUACAAUCAAGCCACGCACCGAAGUCACUGCCAACGUAUCGGGAAUCAUCAGAGAACUUCCCAAGGACUUGACCAGAGUGUGCCCCAACUCGAAGUCGUCACCGUUGGAUAAGUUCCUGGACAUGUACAUGCAUGGCGAGACUCCAACCGUCUACGUUCGCGGCCGAAAGGUACCCGGCUCCGACACGCCUAGCUGGGUCGGCGAUAUCUUGUCUGAGAUCAUGGUGCCUGUGCCGUUCCCUGGCCAAGGAUUCGACAACCUCAUCAAGAGCUUCUCUCUCACCGACGUAAACUUCCAGUUGCCCGACCCCAUGGCAGACCCCGACGAGGAUGACGGAAAUCCCAAGGUCUCCGGAACUGUCCAAGUCAUGGCUGGCUUGCCCAAGGAGAUGAACUUUGACGUCAACGUCACGAACAUGCGUGCCACAGCCGACGUUAUGUAUCAGCAUAAGAAGCUCGGCGAGCUGAACCUUGAGAAGUGGCAACGCGCGAACUCGACCAAGAUCGAAGGCUCUGAGAAGAAGGAUCCGCUUCUGAAGAUCACCUCUCGGGUUGAGAACGCCCCACUCAACAUCACUGACGGCGAUGUCUUGACGGACGUCAUGCAGAAGCUCCUCUUCGGCGGAAAGGAGGUGAUGCUUGACAUAAAGGCCGCUGUUGACAUCAAAGUCAACACGGCUCUCGGGAAUUUGGUCCUCAAGGAUAUACCUGCCGAGGGCAAAAUCCCAGUAAAACCCUUACCGGGCAGCGCUUUCGGCAGCGCCCGGCCGCAAGUUGGAGAUGUCAAGAUAAUUGACACUUCCGAAACAUCACUGACGCUGGAGGCGUUGGUCAACAUCACAAACCCCACACCAUACUCAGCCUUCGUGCCGUAUGUCAACAUACACAUUGUCAAGGAUGGGACCAUCAUCGGCAGUGCCACUGCAGAGAACUUGAACGUUGUUCGUGGCAACAACACCAACAUGGUCGUCACGGCCAAGUGGGAUCCCACGACACACGGCGAAGCUGGACGCAGGAUCGCCAGCGACUUAUUAUCCGAGUAUCUAUCUGGACGCAACGUCACUUUCGAUGUCAAGACUCAUCGAGGAACCAUACCAUCGGCCCCCACUAUAGGCGAGGCAUUGUCCAAACUUAACAUCACCAUCGCCGCCCCAAAACUAGACUUGCCCGGAGAUGGAAAAGACGGGGAGAAGAAGGGGCACUUCAUUAGAGACGCGACAUUCCACAUUUUAUCAUCCUCAGCAACCUUCACUCUCGUAUCCCCGCUGACCUACAACACCAUCUACGUCGAUUGGGUGAAUGCCACGGCCUUCUACAACCACACGGAGUCAGUCGGACGUAUCGUGUACGAUCUGCCAUUUGCGGCGCCCCCAGGAACCUCGACGACGCCGAGGUUGCCGGUGGACUGGUCUAUGGGGUCGGUCGGCUACGACGCUGUCAGGAAGGCGCUGGGAGGUGCUUUGAAGCUCGACGCGAGCGCGAACGUCACAGUCCGGAUCGGUAAUUGGAAGGAAACGGUGUGGUACGAGGGUCAAGCUCCACGUGCCGACCUCAUUGCCAUCGUCUCCCGGCUCCCCGCCAUCACCAAAGCAUACAAAAACACACAGCUUCCCUCGAAGCUAUCUCAAAGCGGCCGGUAUCCAAACGGAUAUUUCCACGAGGUCAACUCCUUCAUCGAAACACAAGCUCCUCCUUCUACGGCUAGAUCAAGGAACCCCGCCUCGCCAGCGAGCAGAGACAACUGCCGGGCAAUGGCAAAGACCUUCUCCCCGUACGCCCCGCGCGUACGUCGUUCACCUCGCAUGGUUAUCACCUGGGUCGGCGUCUGGCUCCUCAUCCUCACGUUGACGUGGUGGCUCGCGACGCGGCGCUCCGCCGCUGCGGCUGCGGCUGCCGAGGCGGCGUCCUACGCCGACGCGGUCAUCAAGGGGAAGGAAGUCCCCCCGGAAGCCGGCGGUGAUUGA